AUGGACAUUGUCCGCGCCCAGCGCCUUGGCUUCAACGGUGCGCGGUGCCACCAGAAGGUGUUCCAGCCGGGGUCUGCGGACUUCUCGCACGCAGACGCUCUAGGCUUCCUGUGUUUCGCGGAGUACCCCGACUGGCCGGGCGGCCAGUCACGCCGUUGGUCGAUGGGCGACGAGGAACGGUAUCUGUCGACCAUGGAGAGAGAGUGGCCAGACACGGUGGACGCAUUGCACAACCACCCUUCCAUCAUUGCUUGGGGCAUGUUCAACGAGAUGGGUCCCAAGAACGGGUGGAAGUUUCAGAACGGCCCUGGUGGUGGCUUCAGAAAUUGGGGGACGCCGAAAAAAAGGAAGGCGGCGCAAGAAGUUUACGAGAACCUCGUGGUCAGGGUGGCAAAGGCCAUCCGCUCCCGCGACCUGCAGCGCAGGCCCAUCCACGACGUGUCGGGCUGGAUCCACGUGCCGCAGAGCAAGCCAGACGUCUGGUCGCUGCACGCCUACAACCAGAAGCCAGAGAACCUCCUGAAGGUGCUCACGGAGCCCCACGAGAAGUACGUGCACGGCAGGGCUGGGCAGCCCUUGCUGGUCGCAGAGUACGGGGGCGUGGGGCUCGAAGACGGCGGCCCGCUGCGCCAGAACCCUGGUGGUGGCCAGCACGGAGGGCCCGUCGGGGCGAACGGCAAGAACCCUCCGUCCUUCAAGAUUGGUUAUGACGGGACCCCUGGCCUUCCCAAGAGCGCCGCUGCUGCCCUGCAGAGGAUCGACGACCUGACCGCCAGCAUCUAUAGCGUCGAGUCCGUCGCAGGCUUCUGCUACACGCAGCUCUACGACGUGGAGUACGAGAAGAACGGCCUGCUGCGCUACGACCGGAGCGCGAAGCGCGGGCUCCCCCUGGCCGCCUUGCGGAAGAUCUUCUGAUGGGCCCAUGUUCCCCCACCACUACCAUGGGCAGGACAGGGGAGAAUGGAGGAUGGGGAGGUCCUCCUCCUCUUCCUCCUCCUCCUCCUCCUCUCUCCCUCCUCC